AUGUCGUUCUCCGGACUAUCCUUCAUCUUUUGGCGCAUCUUCCAGAUCAUCACCCUCAUACCUGCGCUGGGUAUGCUGGCGUGGUUCGUCGAUUGGUACAACAGCCGCAACCUGCUCACACCCACGUCCAUCCUCGUUCUCUUCAUCGUAUCCGUCCUCGGCGCAGUAUGGGCUCUAGGCACCCUCUUCCUCUACACGCGCGCAAAGCACUCGGCCAAAUUCGUUGCCUUUAUCGACCUUCUCUUCAUGGGCGCCUUCAUCGGAGCCGUCUACGCUCUGCGCGGCAUUGCCGAUGCUGAUUGCACCAACUUCAGCAGACGUGGUGCUUACAGCGCCGACUUGGGUAUUGCUACUAUCAGUGGAACUGGAUUCGGCGUCGACACCAACCGCCAAUGCGCCAUGCUCAAGGCCUCGUGGGCGUUUGGUAUCAUGAACAUCAUCUUCUUCUUCAUCACGUCCAUCCUGGCCCUCCUUGUGCACCGCCACCACCGCAACGACCGUGACCGCGUCGUCGUCAAGCGCGAAGUCCACCGAUCGCGUCACGGCCACCACUCCCGCAGCCCCCGCGCGAGCCACAGCCGGAGCCGCCGCAGCUACGUCUAA